GUCCAUCCGUCCAUUGUUUGCUGCGUCUCUCCUGCUUUGUUAUAGCGCGUAAACCCAGGCUCACCUUUGGGCACCGCUCAGCUGGAAGGUGCGCCUUAACUAAACCCUCACGCUUACCCUUCAGUUCGCUCUCUGUCUUGGGCUCGAUUAUGGUCACAGCCCCCCCGGUGCCAAGGUGGAGCCGCCGCGCGUUUCUCGGAUCGGUGCGCUCCUCCAGGGGCUGGGAUGCGCACCGGGUACCUCCCGUUUCCUGCCGAGCUUUGGGUCUGAGCAGCGGGAGGAGGAGUCCAGCGGCGCCCCGGGGCGCCGAGUCAGGAGGACCCAGUCGACCCGGAGCAGGAUGCCGGUGAUGAGAGGGCUGCUGGCCCCGCAGAACACCUUCCUGGACACCAUCGCCACAAGAUUCGAUGGCACCCACAGCAACUUUGUGCUGGGCAAUGCACAAGUGCAGUCGCUCUACCCCAUCGUGUACUGCUCGGAUGGCUUCUGCGAGCUCACGGGCUACGCUCGUGCUGAGCUCAUGCAAAAGAGCUGCGCCUGCCACUUCUUGUACGGCCCCGAGACCAGCGACCGCUUCACGGCGCAGAUCCAAGGAGCCCUGGACGAGCGGCGUGAGUUCAAGACCGAACUGGUGUUUUACAAGAAAGAAGGUACACAGUUCUGGUGUCUUCUGGACAUCGUGCCCAUCAAGAACGAGAAGGGCGAGGUGGUCCUCUUCCUGGUGUCCCAUAAAGACAUCACUGACAAGAAGAAGGACCAAGAUCCGGAACAAGGACCUGACACAGAUGAGGAGACGGGUCUGGAGGUGCAUCAGGUGACCCGGCCCCCCGGCUUCAACGCCAACCGCCGCCGCAGCCGGGCCGUCCUCUAUCACCUUUCGGGGCACCUGCAGAAGCAAGACAAGAGCAAACUCAAGCUCAACAAUAACAUGUUCGGGGAGAAACCUCCGAUACCGGAGUAUAAGGUAGCGGCCAUCCAGAAGUCCCGCUUCAUACUGCUCCAUUACGGCACCUUCAAAGCCGGCUGGGACUGGCUGAUCCUGCUGGCCACCUUCUACGUGGCAGUCACUGUGCCCUAUAAUGUGUGCUUCACUGUGGUGGGUGGGCGAGACGAAGGCAGCGCCCCCAGAAGCCCUCCAAGUGUCAGCGACAUCCUGGUGGAGAUCUUGUUCAUGCUCGACAUCGUGUUGAACUUUCGCACAACCUUUGUGAGCACGUCAGGUCAGGUGGUGUACGACGCCCGCUCCAUCUGCGUUCACUACGUCACCACCUGGCUCUUUGUGGACCUCAUCGCUGCACUACCAUUUGACCUCCUCUACGCCUUCAACGUCAGUGUGUACUUUGGAGUACACCUGUUGAAGACCGUGCGUCUGCUACGCCUGCUGCGGCUGCUGCAGAAGUUGGAACGUUACUCACAGUACAGCGCUGUGGUCCUCACCCUGCUCAUGUCCAUGUUCGCUCUGCUGGCCCACUGGAUGGCCUGCGUAUGGUACUUUAUCGGACGCAGGGAGAUCGAGAGUCCUGGAUCCUGGGACAUCGGUUGGCUGCAUGAGUUGGCCAAGCGUUUGGGGACACCUUACUUCUUGUCGCCUCUGGCCGCGCUCUUCCCCACAUCGCCUGGCAUCCUCCCGGCCAACAGCAGCCAGUGGAACGUAUCGGGCUCAGAGCUGGCGGGUCAAGGCCGCUGGAACUCCAGCCAGAACGGAGGGAACACGUCAGCUGGCGAGGGCGCAUCUGCGGGAGGUUUGGGAGUUCUGGGCGGGGGCCCGUCCAUGCGUAGCAGCUACGUGACAUCGCUCUACUUCGCCCUGAGCAGCCUGACCAGCGUGGGCUUCGGGAACGUGUCGGCCAACACGGACUCAGAGAAGAUCUUCUCUAUCUGCACCAUGCUAAUUGGCGCGCUGAUGCAUGCCGUGGUGUUUGGCAAUGUGACCGCCAUCAUCCAGAGGAUGUACUCGCGCCGCUCGCUCUACCACACGCGCACCAAGGACCUGAAGGACUUCAUCAGGGUGCAUCGUUUGCCCAAAGCCUUAGAGCAACGCAUGCUUGAGUGUUUCCAGACAACCUGGUCGGUCAACAACGGCAUCGACGUCAGUGAGCUCCUGAAGGACUUCCCUGAUGAGCUACGGGCUGACAUUGCCAUGCACCUGAACAAGGAGCUGCUCCAGCUCCCGCUCUUCGAGUCGGCCAGCAGGGGGUGCCUGCGCUCGCUCUCGCUCAUCAUCAAGACAUCAUUCUGCGCCCCCGGCGAGUUCCUCAUCCGGCAAGGUGACGCCCUGCAGGCCAUCUACUUUGUGUGUUCGGGUUCCAUGGAGGUCCUGAAAGACAACACCGUGCUCGCCAUACUGGGUAAAGGAGAUCUGAUCGGCUCCGACUCGCUGACAAAGGAGCAAGUGAUCAAGACCAACGCCAACGUCAAGGCACUGACCUACUGCGACCUGCAGUACAUCAGCCUGAAAGGCCUCCGAGAGGUGUUGCGACUGUACCCGGAGUACGCUCAGAAGUUCAUCAGCGAGAUCCAACAUGACCUCACCUACAACCUGCGUGAGGGCCAUGGCUCAGAUGCCGACUGGGAGAGUAACGGCGGCCUGGUGAAGAAACUGCCCUCUAUCCGGGAGGACGAGGAAGGGAGUGACGAGGAGCAGAACUUGGUAUCCCGCGCACCCCGCUCGCCUCUGCGCCUCAGCCGGGGGCUCAACUCGCCACUGCGCUCCCCUCUGCUGCCCCCCAGGCCCUUCCGCGCCCCCGCCGAGCAGUCCCGCCCCGUCACCUUACAGAUACCCGUGGUCAGCUUUGCAAGCGCGCCCGCCGAGCUCAGCCCCAGGUUUGUGGACGGCAUUGAAGCGGAGAACAAUUCCAUGUCAUCCCAGAGGUUUGAGUUCAGUCCCAGCAUGUCACCUGCAGCCCCGCCCUCCCCAUAUCCAGGCAGUCGGGAGUCUUCCGAGAUCAAGCAGAGUGUGUACAAGUUGACAGAGGAGAUGAACAGCCUCUCCAGACAGGUGUCCAAGCUCAGCCAGGAGCUUCAGGAAAUGACACACCUGCUCAAGCCCCUCCUCUAUAGAGGGCCGCAGCCACAGCCACUCUUGGUGGCCGCCGUGCCAAAUUUGACCCCGCCUCCCAGCAGCAGCGCCAGCCGGCUGUCGGCGAGCGCCGGCCCGACAGUGCCCGCUCCAGUCACGCCGUGCUCCCUCCUGAGACCGGACACUCAUUCCCUGUUGGAUGGCGGGGACGUAGAGGGUGUUGACCUGCCGCAAUGCCUUCUCCCGACUUCUCAUUCACCACAAAGGCCUAAUCCCUCACUGACCCCAUGCAACAAUCUCCCCUUGCCAAAGGAAGGACUUUUUGAGGGGUCCCCGAUCUUGGCCCCCUCUGGUAUAUUUAUGUCCUCGCUGCAGGAUCGUCCCCCGCUGGCGUCUGGCACUCCGUCACCGUCGCUCUCCUUCUCAAUGUCCCUCUCCUCCUCUUCAUCCCUCUCCUCCUGCCACCCAUCCCGACAGGACAGUUGUGUCAGUCGAAGAAGCCUGCUCCCCCCGCCUCCCUCCCAGGACACACCUCCCCCGCCGUGGCCCCCACACUGCUCCGCGCCGGCGUCUCUUGCAUCCUCCCCAGGGGACCACUGUUUGAGACCGUCCCCGUCCGUCCCGCUGGCGUCCCUCGUCGUUGACGCUGGGCCCUCCCUCUUCUCCCUGCCUUCAUCUCUGGACUCACAGAGCAGAAAGCCCAGAGAACGCUACCUCGCUCGGGCUUCUAACUCGCACCUUUGCCGACAGACCGGGCCGGGCGACGGUGCCCUCCAGGAGAUGGAGAUGCAGGAACGGCAGGCCAAGGCUGGAGAGGGGAGGGCCUCCUCGGAGCACAUCAGUUUCAUCGAUGACGAUGAGCCGGCGGUAUGAGGGGUAGCGGGACAGGAAAAAAAAAUGGGACCAAAGGAGAUAAGAUCAGGGAAAUCCGGUGUCAGGAGCACCGCUUGCCAGCGGUCAACUGAUGGAGCUACAACAGCACACAUUGUUUUAUGGGGUGUCCAAACUACAGCCGCGGGGUCCCAUACCCGCAGCAUAUAAUGGGUAAAAGUAACAACUGACAUGACCCAUGUCAUUUUCCUGCAGUGUACUUCUUACUUUCUACACUGGGUAGCAAGGAAGGAAAACGACAAGAGAAAAAGAAUACAUCUCACUUCCACAUUUUUCACACAAAUGGUGAUUGUUUGCUACACUUUCUGAUCAAUGUCAAGGUCAUUUUAGCUCAGCUUGCUCUUGUUUUGGUUCUGAAUGGGGGAAAUGGGAUUCGACUGCUGCUCAGUGCUGUUCUUGUAGCAUACAAAGCUGUCGGCCAGCCAAAAAUCCAAAAGAAUGCAUGAAUUUUUGCUUUAUCGUCACUGCCAGGCUGUUUAAAAAAAUUUGAAUAUAUAUAAUACAGUAUAUACACAGUGCUGGGGAAAAGGAUUUUCUCUCUUCGCAAACUUUUUGGGGGAAUCAUUUUCCCACUUUGUUUAGGCUCAUCAAACAAACAAAACAAACAAAGACAACCCAAGUAAGCAUAAAAUGCUGUUUUUAAAUCAUGGGUUUAUUAUUAAAGUGAAGAUGAGAUGGCUUCCUAAAAAAAAUAAUUCACAUGAUAUCAGACACUUGGCUAUUCAUUCGUCAAGUCUGAUGAUAAUAGCGAAAUGACCACGUGGCUACAUGAAAUGACUUACUCUUUGGUUUUAGGUGCUCGUGUACAAACUGUGAACCAAUGUCACUUGUAGUCCAGUCUUUGUUUGCGAUGAAAACACGCACAGACACACACACAUACUCGUGUAUAAUAUAAGCGACUUGCAUGAGUACGCUAUAAGAGUGUAUCCUAUCAUAUCAACAUAUAAUUUCAUCGAUGUUCGAGGCAAAUAGUUCAACGUGGGGCCCCGGUGUCAAUUCAAUUCUUCAUAUUCUUGUUAUACGUUUGGCGAGAUGACCAGGUUUCAAAUGUGACUCAUCCUCUGCCUUUCGAGUUUCGCCGAAGCCAUUCUGGUACACUUUGAAGUUCCCGUAUCGGUGCUCGUACUAGCAUUACAUUCCCGCUGUCGCUUGGUUAUGGAGUGGCCUAGUCAAAGUCUGGACUUGAAUUUGAUUUGAUCUGUGGAAUGACCUUCAAAAGGUGGUUCAUACUCGAAAACCCUCCAAGUGUUGGUGAAUUCGAACAAUUCUGCAAGGAAGAGUGGGCAAAAAUAUCUCCACAGAGAUGUGAAAGACUCAUUGCCAGUUAUAGAAAAUGCUUGAUUUCAGUUGUUGCUGCUGAGGAUGGCCCAAGCAGUUAUUCGGUUUAGGGGGGGCAUUAUUUUUUCAUACAUGGCCAGGUAGCUUUGAAAAGUUGUUUUUUUUUCUUUAAUAACUAAAAUUGCCAUUUGAAAACUGCAUUUUUCUGUUGACUUGGGUUAUCCUUGUCGGAUACAGUAUUUACUGUCCAUUUGUUUAAUGAUAUUAAAGUGGGGAAACUGUGCAAAAAAAACCAAAGAAUUCGAGAAGGUGGCGGAUACUUUUGCACAGCACUGUAUAUAACAUAUAAACACUUUGCAUAUCUUUACCUAAACUGAUGGAUUGGUUUUAGCGUGUUAAAUAAAUGAAGGGGGAGAAUGUCAAAGUGACCCUUGCAUCCUUCGAUUUUUCUAUAUACGGCCCUUCACAGAAAAAGUUUGGACACCCCUGUCUUACAGUGGUCCAUCUCUACGGCUUCUGUAGCAGAAACUCCGUGGUGAGUUUACCUGACUUCUAAUUCUCAUUUUGCUGAGUUCCAAAUUUUAGACCCGGCGUGGAUAUUUUUUCAACUACGUUUGUACUACACUUGCUUUCAUUGGGUCACCGUCAUCAGUGGAAUGGUUGUCGCUCUUUCCCCGCCGCUACACUUCAAAAGCAACAGGACCACAUUGGUUAUUGCCCCAGUUGCGCGCUCCACCACGUCAGUUUCUCAGUUAGUGCCCCACAAGUUGAAAGUAUUUGUCAAAUUCCAGGAGUUCUUGUUCAACACCGAACAAAAAUAUGAACGCAACACUUUUGUUCUUGCUCCCAUUUUGCGUGAGCUGGACUCAAAGAUUUAAAACUUUCAAAGGCCAUUUCCCUCAAAUAUUGUCCACAAAUCUGUGUUAGUGAGCAUUUCUCAUUUGUCGAGAUAAUCCAUCCCACCUCACAGGUGUGGCAUAUCAAGAUGUUGAUUAGACAGCAAGACUAUUGCACAGGUGUGCCUUAGGCUGGCCACAAUAAAAGGCUACUCUGAAAUGUGCAGUUUUGCUUUAUUGUGGGGGUCUGGGUCAGAAAACCAGUCAGUAUCUGGUGUGACCACCAUUUGCCCCACGCAGUGCAACACAUCUUCGGAUAGAGCUGAUCAGGUUGUUGAUUGUGGCCUGUGGAAUGUUGGUCCACUCCUCUUCAAUGGCUGUGCGAAGUUGCCGGAUAUUGGCAGGAACUCAAGUCGGUUACGACGACGAACUGCAGUCAGGACGUGACCCAGAUGAGGACGACGAGCAUGCAGAUGAGCUUCCCUGAGACGGUUUCUGACAGUUUGUGCAGAAAUUGUUUGGUUAUGCAAACCGGUUGUUGGUGCAGCUGUCCAGGUGGCUGGUCUCAGACGAUCUUGGAGGUGAACAUGCUGGAUGUGGAGGUCCUGGGCUGGUGUGGUUACACGUGGUCUGCGGUUGUGAGGCCGGUAGGAUGUAGUGCCAAAUUGUCUGAAACGCCUUUGGAGACAGCUUAUGGUAGCUAAAUGAACAUUUAAUUCACGGGCAACAGCUCUGGUGGACAAAAGUGUUGCGUUUAUAUUUUUGUUCAGCAUAUGUCCAAGGAGGAACCAUGUUGGUUUUGAACGUGAGCUGGCACGAAAUGGCUCAAUGCAAUCCUACAAAAAAAGUCAAACUUUACACGAACUAAUAACAGUCACAUCUUUUUAAACUUAACCAUAAGGAAUUUGCAUUCAAACAAGAGUCCUGUUUGUUUUACAAGUUUUAGGGAUUAUGAUAUGAUACGACGAUAAGAUUCUUAGAACGUUGUUAGAUUUGAAUGGUAUCUGAUACCAAAUGAGGUAGCUCAACUUUCAUUACUCUCUCAUGUUCUGACAAUAACCCGAUUGAUUUUAAUGAAUAUUUGACCCGGCAUAACUCAGGCAGCUAAUAUCGAAGGUCAGGUUGCAAUUGUUCGAUUGCUCAUCUCCAAACAUUCAACUAUGGGUCUGUAUCUACAGUUAGGGAGAAUCCUGUACCGUUUGAAUUCACACAAGAAGUAGCUAACAACAACUACUUGAAUGAUUUUGAAGGAUAUUUCAACUACGAUAGCCCACGUAGUUUAUAAUGUAGGUCAGGCUGCUUGAUCUUCAAGCCUUCAGGGAAAAUGGCUCGAUAUCGACGGAAGAACCCUGUUAAUUUUUAAUGGGGCCUGAUACGAGGGGCAGUCAAAAAGUAAUUUAACCUGCUAAUAAUAGAUUUUUGUUUUUUUCAGAAAUGUUCACGGUUUGUAGUUUAAAUCCUUGUUUGAAGAUUUAUUUUCUGAAAUGUUUUGUUGAAGUCUGUAUCGUCUUCCUGUCAGCCAUUGGGAAAAUGACGUCAUUGCUGCUUGCCCGUCAGAAGCAGAGAGCUUAGAUUGAAUUUCUUGGAGAGAAAGAAUGAGAAAGAAGAGAGAGAGAGAGAAGCUGCAGUAGACUACAGCACAAUCAAAAAGUGGGUGUCCAUGAUCAAAGAUGAAGAACAAGAGCCGAGCACUAUUCCCAGGAUUAACCACCGAAGAUGGUCUGCCGCUCCUUUUCUUGUCACAGUGGUCCCUCAAAGCAGGUUCUUCACCUUUGAUCCUGGACACCCACUUUUUGACUGGGCUGUAGCCUGUAGCGUCUUCAUACACAUUUUGCAACUUUUUGAACAUGGUUAGUGGUGGUUCCCCUGCCAAAGGAAGAAAUUCAAACACACCUCUCUGCUUCUGAACGACAUCCAAAAAUAACUUUGUUUCCAAAAUGGCUGACAGGAAAACGGCAGGCUUGAACAAAACAUACAUUGUCCCUUUCAGUGAGAUACAAGGCAAAUUUUCAACUGAACUUUUUGUGCCUCAUCACGAUAACCCUAUCGAUUUUAAAGGAUAUUUGACAGUAGAUACAGUAGCUCAGAAAGCUAACGGAAGAACCCUGCUGAUUUUAAAUGCAAAGUUGAGGCAGCACAAUGUUCAGGGAUUAUCAUCUAACGUCCCUCCAAUAAACCUAUUUAUUCUAAAGGAUAUUUGAUUAAUUUUUGACUGUCCAUAUUCAAACUUUCAGGGAAUAGGGUUCUACUGUAUGUCUAAGGAAGAACCCUAAUGAUUUUCGAUGAGAUCUUACACAUGAAAUUGUAAAAGUAGCCUAUUGAUUUUAAAGGAUUUCUGACCCAUGUGCCUAAAUCUAAUGUCACGAGUCAGGUUGCCCACCAUCAAGAAACAAACAGGGUUUAAACAGAUACAAAUAUUUGUCCCCCCUGUUUGGAGUUUUAAAAGGAGUUUCAUUGUUUGUGCCAAAGACAAAAUUGUCAUUUAUAGGAAAUAGAAAUUUGUCAUGGUGGUGGGACUCUAUCGUUUAGUAUCGCCACAGUUGAUCAGGACUGUUUACAACUUUCACAUCACUCCAGAGCUUUAGCCAUCCAACCAUCGGUGCCUUCUCCUCCAUGUCAGCACUCCUGACAUCCCGAGCAGGCAUUUGGAACAAACAAACAAAAUAAAAGCCAUCUGAUUAAACGUUGCACCUUUAUCCCAAAACAUAUUUUUGUCAUGUGGAAUUGUGGAGGGACUAUUUUUGUUGAUAAUCUCUAAUGUAGCACACACACGCACACGCACGCGCACACACAGUGUUCAUCUUCAAACUCUGUUUGCCAAAGCUGGUGCAAGACACCAGCCUGGAAAACUACACUACACAUGAUGCAUCCCUGAAAAGUGAGUGAAGGAAGGGGGCUGAGGUUUAUUGUAAAAAGUUUGAUUUGGUUACGUCGCACCAUGUUACUUGUAAAAUAUCAUUGUUUGUUUGUUUUUUUACACUCCGCAACAAGAUGACAAGAAGGAACUCACUUUGGAUUGGGACGAAAUCGUUGGUAUGUUUGUUUUUUAAAAAAAAGACUAACAUUGUGAAUCCAAUGCAUGUCACAGCUUUUGUUGCAUGAGGAAUGUGCCUGCUUUGGAGCUGCACAGGGGGGAUGCGUGCAGACAAUAAACCCUGUGGGAGGUAUAACAUGUAUUUUAUUAUUCAAAAAAGAAAAAGAAAAGGGGAAAAGACCUCUGUUAUAGGCAGCAGGGUUUACGACAAUAAAGAAGCAUCGUUUU